GACUUUAUAAGUUGUAAAGUAGCCAUAUCUUGCCAAAUGUUGAGUAAACACGCAGUGCUAAUGUCAUGUCUUCCAGCUUAUAAGAACUGUGCUGAACUGUACAAAGUUGGAAAACGAACAAGUGGAGUUUACAAGAUCGACCCAGACGGUGCAGGUGUCUUUGACGUGUACUGUGACCAAACAACAGCCGGUGGGGGGUGGACAGUGUUCCAAAAGAGAAUGGAUGGCUCGGUUAAUUUCUACCGCGGCUGGAACGACUACAAAAAAGGUUUCGGAAAUCUGAAUGGCGAGUUUUGGCUCGGACUGGACAAAAUUCACCGCCUGACAAAAACUAAAAGCAAACUUCGAGUGGAGCUCGAGGACUUCAACAGAAACACGGCUUAUGCCGAGUACAGCUACUUUGCUAUAACAGACGAAAGAAGCAAAUACAAGCUGAGUCUUGGAACUUACUCCGGUAAUUGUAUUACUAACUUGAUUAAAAAUGGAGUUCGGGGAAACGUCUUAUAGAUGCCCAAGACGAAGUUAAUGCUAAUGAUUUUGACGUUAAAGAAAUAAAUACUCACCUCAGAGAUACAGCUAGUCCCACAGGCAAUGAAGUAUGUAAUAAUCACACAGCUAUCAUGAAAUAAGAGUACUUCAAAUUAAUAUAAUAUGGAGCAUUAAAGUGAUUUUACUUCGACCAUGAAACGGAUUCAAUGUUUCCUACUGUCUUUAGAUCUUAACCAUCGUAUUGAAAAUCACAGUAAUGUGGAGAAAAAUUUGAGGAAAUAUCAUUUGUUCCAAUUUAAUUUCCCAGGAAAUGCUGGUGACUCGCUAGCUCGUCAUAGAGGCUACCCUUUCUCCACUAAAGAUCGAGACAAUGACCAGGAUUCUGUUCACUGUGCUACAACGUUCAAAGGGGCCUGGUGGUACGACGACUGUCAUUAUUCCAACCUGAACGGCCUCUAUCAUCGCGGUAGACACUCUUCAGGUGCUGAUGGUGUGAACUGGUACCACUGGAGGGGAUAUAACUACUCCGCUAAACGAGCUGAAAUGAAACUCAAACCAGUCAACUUCAAACCAACAAAAAGCGGUUUUCAGUGCUAA